GCAAGAUAUCCGGACAACAAUACAAACGUAGAACUGUUGUAAGCAAAAUGUCUAUCACAGACAAAAAAGAGACAUUAUUUGAGCUUAAAUCAGAAAACAGCUCUCAGUUUUCUAACAAAUGCAAAGACAUUUUUGGAAACCUAGAGAAACUUGAAAGAAAGCAUGAGGAAUAUGAAAAAUCUAGACCUUCAGAUGAUGACAGGGGUGGAAUCAAAACAGAUCCAAGUGAUGCUGACACAGAGACAAUUACCCCAGCUUUCAAAGUACCUCAGUCAGGAAGUCUUGGGACAAGGGGUGGGAGACCAUGGAGAAGGAACCCUGAUAGGAGAGAAGACAGGGAUGGGAACCCUCCACCUUGGAGGGGUGACAGUGAAAGAAGAUCGGAGAGGCGGAGAGAUGAGAGAGGAACUGACAGCAUCCGACGUGAACUACAGCCAAGGCAAUUUGUGAGCCACAGAAGAGGGCAUCCUUACCAUAACUACAGGGGAAAUAGGAGGCAAAAGACCCCAGAUUAUAAAGCUCAUCCAGAGAAAUGGACCAAAUAUUCACUGGAGGAUGUUGGAAAUGAGGAUAUGUCUGAAUCCUCAAAUACAAGGGCAGCUUUCGCUUUCUUGGAAGAGCGAAGAAAAUUAAGAGAAGGUGAAAUGAAAGCAGAGGCAGUGAAUACUGAAGACACUUCCUGUUCGAAGGGAAUCUUUAUGUUUAAGAAACCAGUGAAGAAUGAAAGCAAAAAGGACACAUCAAAAGUUUCUUCUAAAGUUUCCCUUCAGCAAACAAAUUCAAAUGAUGAUGAAGAAGAUAUAACUUUAUCGUAUGAAAAAGAAAGUGUAGAAGUGUCUGGUGCAGCUGAUGUUGAGAAAGUGGAAGUUGAAAAGGUGACAUUUAAGUCUCAUAAAAAGUCAAAGAGGAGCAUCAGAAGUCGUGAUACAGAUGAUGAUUGAUUUAAACUCAUCAAUUCAUAUCAAACGUUUCUUUAUCAUUUUAUCAUGUUUUAGAUUUGCAUUCAUUUAGACUGUCCAUCAUUAUAAAAACAUAUGUAUCAU